GUCUUUGUGCACUUUUUACCGGUGUACAGAGCUCUCCUUCUGUAUUUUUCUAUCCUCCCUCCUCUUCUUCUUUCUAUAAUCUAAGCUUUCUUUCUCUCUCUAGACAUCCAUCGAUCCAAACACGACCAUGGGAAGCGGCGGCGACGUUGAAGCGGGCUUCGCGAAGCUUCAAGGCGAGGACUUCGAGUACUACAUGCAAACCUACUCCAUAGUCCUCGGCCGCAACUCCAAGAAAUCCACCGUCGACGUCGACCUCUCCUCCCUCGGCGGUGGCAUGAACAUAUCUCGCCAUCACGCACGCAUCUUCUACGACUUCCAACGGCGUCGUUUCGCGCUCGAUGUCCUCGGUAAGAACGGCUGCUUCGUCGAAGGCGUCCUCCACCUGCCCGGAAACCCACCCGUCAAGCUCGAUUCCCAAGAUUUACUCCAAAUUGGGGAUAAGGAAUUCUAUUUUCUGUUGCCGGUGAGGAGUAUUCUUGGUGGCCCGAUUGUGCCCAGACACCAUGUGAAUGCGCACGUGAAUUACCCUGUGAAUGUGAAUUAUUCGCAUCAGCAUCAACAAUUGGGGGUGGGGUAUGGGGGAGUGGUGGGGAAGAAGGGUGGGAGAGGGAGGGUUGAGGAGUAUGGUGAGGAUGAGUAUGAGGAGGAUGAGGAGGAAGAGGAUGGUGGUGGUGCGGUUGGUGGUGUUAAGAAGAUUAGAAGAGAUGGGCAUGACGGCUGCGGGUAUGGUUCGGGGGGUUUAGCCGGAAAGGGGGCAGGGCAAUUGGAUAAAAAGGGAGAGGGAAGAUCAAGGAUUGAUAGAGAAACUGACAAUCAUCAGCUCUUGCAGUUGGAAGAGAAAGAUGUGGUAUCAUCUGUGGCUACUGUGCUAUCUGACCUGUGCGGUCCUGGAGAAUGGAUGGGGAUGGAGAAACUUCAUACUGAACUGUUGGAACAGUUCAGCAAUGCCUGGCAUCACAAUCGUGUAAGGAGAUAUCUCACAUCUGAGGAUUAUUCUAGUCCUGAAGCCAAAGGAAAACCAUGGUAUGGAUUGCUUAUGUUGUUACGGAAAUACCCGGAACAUUUUGUGAUAAAUACUAGGUCCAAAGGCCGGAUAACGCAGGAGUUUGUCUCUCUUGUCUCUCUGCUUUCAUGAGAUCUUGAAACGGCGAUCAUCAUCUAACAAGCAAUUCAUUUGGAAAAGUGUGAAAAUCACGACUGUCAACCCUGAAAGCAUUGCUGUGGAAUGUGGUAGACUUGAAUCCAACCCCUGUUUCUGAUGUGUCAGACUUGAACCCUGUUUCAGUAUCACGUAAAGGACUCAGAUGGAUUUCACUAAUGUUGCUGUUAUUUAUGGUACUUAUUGCUGACAUGGAAUCUGUGUACAUGAUUUAUGGGUAUUGAAUUCUCAUUGCCUUUUUCUUUUCACCAAUGGCUCGCCGUGCGUUUACUCCUAUAAAUUCUCCCUGACAGUUUUAAUCGUAUCUCUAUAUGGGCAAACCAUUAUUUUUGAAAGAGAAAUGGAUCAUUUGUCAGUAGUUUUGUAAGCAGCUGU